AUGUUUAGGGACGUUUCAGCAUGCAAUACAUACAACUACGGCGACGCCCUAUACUGGGACGCUCGUUAUGUUCAAGAAGCACAUUGCGGUUCGUUUGAUUGGUACCAACGUUAUUCCGCUCUUCGUCCCUUUGUGCGAAAGUAUAUCCCCACUUCCUCCCGUGUCCUUAUGGUCGGCUGUGGCAAUGCCCUUAUGUCAGAAGAUAUGGUCAAGGAUGGUUAUGAAGAUAUUAUGAACAUUGACAUAUCAUCUGUGGCUAUCGACAUUAUGCGGAGAAAGUAUGAGCAGGUUCCGCAAUUGAAAUACAUGCAAAUGGAUGUUAAAGAUAUGAGCUUUUUCCCCGAUGAAUCAUUCCACAGUGUGAUUGAUAAAGGAACCCUGGAUUCCUUAAUGUGUGGUACCAAUGCUCCAAUUAAUGCUGCUCAAAUGCUGGGGGAGGUGAACAGGCUUCUAAAACCCGGAGGAAUCUAUAUGUUGAUAACUUAUGGUGACCCUACUGUGAGACUCCCUUAUUUAAGUCGAUCAGUAUACAAUUGGAAGAUCGAACUGUACGUAAUACGUAAGUGAUUUCUUGACAUGAAAAACCUUUUCUUUCCCAAAAAAUUUUAUGGCAAUCAAUCUUCUAGUCAACCUUUGCUGCAGUUGAAACAACAGCUAUUCGAGAACAUACUCCUAUUUACUGUUUUUUGUCUCUGUGUGGUUUUGAUCCGAUAUUUUGUAUUCAUCAAUCAUGUUCUUUACUUUCUGAUGUUGUCAAUUGAGAACUAAACUGCAAAUCACCUCAAACUUGAAGUUGAAGAACCUGCUCUAAUUUUUGGUGCUCCUCUCACUUACUUUUUGGUAAUUUAUUAGUUGUCAAAGGAGUGGGGAACUAGCAAGGUUUGAUAUCACACAUCUGCACUCAGUAGUCCUUAACUAGGUUCUCAUAUUUACCUAAACCUGGAUGAGUCAUAUUAUCGGCAAAAGAUAUGUUAGUAACUUGGUAACUUUUGUUGUCUUAACCAUUUGAAAUAGACUAUAUUCCAUAUUAGUAGUUCUUGGUGGAGUGACAAUUGUCCUCUGUUCCAAACAGAUGAAACUCAAUCAUCAACUAGGUUACCCAAACCUGGAUAAAUCAUAUUUUCAGCAAAAGACAAGGCAGUGAUUUGGUAACUUUUUCUUUUCUUUUUUUUUUUCCCCCGAUUAACCAUUUGAAAUAGACUAUGUUCCAUAUUAGUAAUUCUUGGUGGAGAUCAAACUCUAUCAUCAACAUGAUCAUAGAAAAUGAGCACUUAGGAUGUCCUAAUAUUAGAUCGAACUGAUAAUCACAUUGCUUUGUUCUCUUGGAACAUGUUUAUGUUGGAGGAGUGGGAGAAUGUAGUUUGAGAUUAAACAUUUUGAAUUUUUUGAUUUUCUUAAUAAGUACUUGUGCAACCAUAUAUAGAUAAAAUUCUGGGGUUAGCCCAAAUAAUAAUAAUAAUUCUGAUUUCUGAGGUUACCAAAUAACUUAAGAUAGCUAGUUAGGUGUCAACUUUUCUGAUUUAAUUUUUGAGUUAUCAUGGGCAUUUAAUGAGUAACAUGCAUCUAAUCCAUUAACCAGGUUAAGCAAUUGGUUUGAGUUGUCCAUUAAUUUUGUUCCAGUUUCUUAGUCGUUCUUUUCUGCAUGAAUUACUGGGGGUCGAUUAGUAACAUGUUGAAGUUUUGUGUGUCUCCAUCAUACUUUAGUUGCUUUAGCGUUUCUGGAGAAAAGUACCUUAUCUUUUCUACUUCCCAAGGAGAUAAAAACGAACAAGAAACAUAUUCUACAGUCUAACUUGCCUUGUGUUGUUUAUCUGCUUUGUAUGUGCCGCACUCUUUGUCUAGUCCUCCCCUCUCAUGGCUUGUCAAUGAAAACUGAAUGGUGAAGCUUGACAACUUUGUUGACUUCCUGCUGGAGUAAAUUUGUUGCUGAAAGCUUUAUAUGGCAUAAUCUUGUAAUGUUGUUUAUCCUUCUUUUUGUUUUCUACCUCUGCAGCUAGACCAGGGUUUCAAAGACCUGCCAGCUCAGUGUCCUCUGAAAAGUCCUUUUUAGAACCUGUUUUCAUCACUGAGAAGGGAACGCUUCCGGCAGACUAUGUUCUGGAAGACCCAGAUUCUCAUUUCAUUUAUAUUUGUAAGAAACCUGACGAAUCUACCGAUGUAAGCAUUGAUUCUCCCCAUCCUUUGUCGCAAUAGGGAAACUUGGAGCUUAGAACAUCCUUCCUUGUUGGUGUCCGAAAAACUAGAGUCGUCAUUUCCAUUUUAUAGGCACAUUUGCUGUGACAUAGUAAGUGGUCGCUGAGAUGAGCGAGUGAUUCUGUUUUAUACGUAAUAGGACUUCCAUUAUUGGUAAAUACCUCAUAAAUGGAUGGCUGGGCGAGUUUUCUUCUUUAGGUAUGUUGUUGUAUGUUGUCUGUAUUAGAAGAGCAAGGAUAUAUCUCUUCAACAUUGUAACAUGGCAGAACUUGAUUUUGUUUAGUCUAUUGUUAAGUCUAUGUUCUUAAGGAGUCUAUUUAAUUGUACAUUUACCCCUGAAUUUCUCUACUUAACCGAUUGAGCCUUUAGAUUUUAAAACUAGUCAAUAAUGGCCAGAUGAGAUGAAAACCCCCUGAACAUGGAAGAGGGUUUAAUCUUUAUGCCCGUAUAUGUAGAUAUUACUACUAUUAAUUAAG